AAUUCCUGUUGACGUUUUAAGAUUUUUAUAAGCCAUUGCCUAAUAUAAGAUAAUUUUUAUAUACAAUUCUAAAUGUGACGAAGUUUAGUAGCUAUUUUGAAUUAUGGGAAAUAUUCAAACAAAUGAUAAACAGCCUAAAACAGGGAAAUCCCCAGCUAAAGGUAAACAUUUCAUCAGGAACCUAAAUCGAAAAUCAUCAGGUCGUGAGAGCAGAAAACAUGGAAAGAAAAAAGGUGAUACAAAACGGGACGUUAUCGACAGAGAGUCUGAUAAAAUCCCAGACUCCGAUAACAAUGAAGCGAUUGAAGCGUCCGAUAACGAUACGGUCGAGUGCUUGUUUCAAACACUGCGGCGAGAUGGAGAGGGCACGGAGUCGGGCAGCGUGCAGUCAGAUGUAACGGUGAGCAGGUGCGGGCUGCGCGCGGAGCCGCGGUCAGCGACCCGCGACCGACCAAACGCCUCGGCCGCCACCGCAACGCCAGCUGUCUCUCCGGCGAACGACUCUACCUCCGAGUCAGUGUUCACAGAUCCGCUCACGCCGCUCGCCGUCGAGCUCAACCAGUGUUACUACUCUGCUGAGAGCGACAGUGCCCACGACGAACCCCUACGUACUCUAACACCCUCGCUGGUGGAUGUGCCUGAGCAAAUCACUCGCUCACCGGCCUCUUCGACCAUAGAUAUGCCACACGAUGAAGCCACCUCUUCGCUGUCAACCGUCGGCAUGCCCAAAGAAGAAAAAAAUGACGUUUUCAGUGACAACGUUGAUAGGAACGAUGCAAAGGUCAUGGGAGCAUUUUUUAUUCGACCGCGCGCUGAGCACUUAGAGCGCACUACACAUGAGUGCAAUCAUGAUUUCCGGGACAACCGGUUAAAACCUUGUCCAGGACAAAGUUCGUUUACAAUUUCUAAACAUCGGAAAGUUGAACUGUCUCCUGUCGUCUGUGACCCGACUCUCACCAUACUGGACAACGAAAAAGACCGAAGACAUUCCAGCGUUAGCGAUGCUCCUAUGACAGAAUCAAAUGUUCUGAGGAAAGUGGCUUCUCUCACACUUGAUAAACUAACAGAAACAAAGGUCGUACGGUCGAAGUUUGUGCCGGAAAAACUCGACUUUCAACUACAUGAAAAAUUUGAAGGGCAAAUGUUACUCAACUGGUUUGUAUCAUCAAUUGCUGAGAACAAUAAUUUAAAGGGCGUAUUAAACACUCAAGAUCUGAAAAGCCUUGGAAUUCAAAACUUCACACAACUGCUGGCAGCUGGGGUGCUGAGACAGAUAUCUGAUAAAAAUGCUCCCACGGAGUCCACAUUCAAGCCUAAUCUGAUGUAUUACUGGGCACACAUGGAGGCUCCGGCACCACAACCAGUGACACCCGGACGAUUGCAUAUGACUGCAUGGCCACCAGAUAAAGAUCUUCAUUCCACUCCAGGAAACAUCACUAAUUACAGUAGUUUGGAAAAUAACAAAUUACUCAAUCAAAAUAACAAUGAUGAAAUAAAUGAUAUUAGUGAAGCAAAAACUGUUAUAUCUCAGUUGAGGAGGAAACUUUUAGAGUUACAAUAUCAGUUGGAAAAAUUGAAAAUAAGUGCUCAAAUUGAGACCCUUAAUAAAAACUUAGAGAAGGGUUUUGAUACUGAACAUCAAUUGCUUGAUAAAAGGAAAAUUGAGUUGGUAUGUAAAGAAGUACAAACUUGUAAUGCCAGUGACAUAAAUAAGUUUUCUGUAAAACCUGUGAUAAAUAUACCUGACUAUGACCCUCACAUAAGAACAAAUGUAAAUAUUGAUAAUAAUUUAGAUUUAAGUAGUUUAGAGAAAAGCAUUGAGAUAAUGCCUGAAAAUAGAUCUGAAAAAAUUGAAAAUUAUUGUAAAUUAAAUAAAAGUAGAGAAUUAAAUAAUAGUUUUCGAAAAGAUGAUGUGAUACAAAAUAAUGAAAACAUUGACAACAAUAAUAUGAGUGAUGAAAAUGUAAUUCCUGCAGCAAAAGAUUCUGAUCAAACCAAUAUCAUUAGUUCCACACAUGAUAGCUCAUCAGAUGCCUCAUUUUUAAGUACUUGCCCUUCAAAUGAAUUAUUCAAUAGUCAAUCUGAAAUAUUGUCAGAUAUAAACCAUGAUAAUCUUGCAAAUACAAUAAAUGUUCCUAUAGAUGUUUUAUGUACAAAUAUAGACACUAAUAAAUUGGGCCAUGGAGAUGGGUCAUUAUCAAAAUCAAACAAAGAUCCAUUGGAACAUUGUGAAAUUACAAUAAAAGAAGCAAAGCCAUGUAGUCCCAAUAAAUCAAAAGAAACUUCAGAUAGUACAAAUAAAACUUCCACAAAUUCGAAAAUAUUGAAAUUACUGGAUUCUGGGCAAAAACCCAGAAUUAAUCAAUCUCCAUCAGAUCUUCCUCCUCCAUCACCAGGCAUGGCACCCUCGCCGCCACCUACUCCAGGAACGUGUCCAACAUCUGAUAAAGUGCCUAUAUUAAUAGAACAGCCAUCUGUGAAACCAAUAAUGGGAUCAGAAUAUUCAUCAUCAACCCCACCGCUAAUACCUGAUUUGGAAUCUUCACUUACAUCAAAACCAGUGAUGGAACCGCCAACGCUACCAAAGCAUGGCAUGAAACCUCCAACGCCAGAAAUAUCUAGCAUGGAAUCUCCAUCUUCAUUGCCUAGCAUGGUACAUCCGCCACCUCCGAUGCCGGGUAUUGGACCUCUGUCUGCGCCAAUGCCUGGCAUGGAGCCUCAGCUGCUAUCAUCGCUUGUUAAGGAACCCCCACUGACUCCAAUGUCUGGCACAGACCUCCCACCAUCUCAAGUGGCUGGCAUGGGACCCCCACCUCCUCCAAUGCCUAGCAUGGGACCUCCACCUCCACCAAUGCCUGUCAUGGGGCCUCCACCUCCCCCAAUGCCUGGCAUGGGACCUCCACCUCCCCCAAUGCCUGGAAUGGGACCUCCACCUCCCCCAAUGCCUGGCAUGGGACCACCCCCACCUCCAAUGCCUGGCAUCGGCCCUCCACCUCCUCCUAUGCCAGGUUUAAGCCCACUCCCACCUCCAAUGCCAGGAUCGGGGCCACCUCCUCCGCCAAGUAUGCCAGGAUUAGGUCCGCCAUCUCCAGGUCUACCGCCACCCCUACCGAAUUUAGGCCCAGUUCCAUUUCCAGCUCCUCCUGUAGGUGGAUGGAAUAUGCAACGAGCCACAUUGAGAAAGAUUCCUGUAAAACCAGCUGCACCCAUGAAACCGUUAUAUUGGACACGGAUAUUAGCCACUUCAGCACCUACAGCAUAUCAAGAAGAUUCUAGUGGUUUGAAACCUCUUUGGCUGGAAAUUGAGGAAACAAAACUAGAUAACAUUGAUGAAUUUACAGACUUAUUCUCACGGCAGGUAGUUAAAGCCCCAAUUAAAAAGAAAGUUGAAGUGAAGACAAAGAUAAUGCCUAUAAAGAUAUUAGACAGUAAAAGAUCACAGAACGUUGGAAUUCUUGCUCAAAGUUUACAUGUAGAGUUUUCUGAAAUUGAAAAUGCUAUAUACAAUUUUGACACAUCUGUGGUGAGUUUGGAAGCAUUACAACAAAUUUAUGAAUUGAGAGCAAGUGAUGAAGAACUGUCACUUAUUAAAGAACAUUUACAUAGCAAACCAGAUAUACCAUUAGACAAACCAGAAGGAUUCUUGCAUGAUUUAUCGGGAAUCCCAAAUUUUGCAGAGCGUAUCUCAUGUUUUAUGUUCCAAGCAGAAUUUGAAGACUCUAUAAGCACAACAAUGCACAAGUUAGAUAAUUUAAAACAUACUUGUGAGUUUCUAAUGACUAGUGAAUCUCUUAAGAAAUUAUUUGCGAUCAUUUUGACUCUUGGCAAUUAUAUGAAUGGAGGAAAUGGUCAAAGAGGCCAAGCAGACGGUUUCGGGUUGGAAAUAUUAUCUAAAUUGAAGGAUGUCAAGUCGAAGCAGUCGAACACAACGCUGUUGCACUUCAUCGUGCGGACGUAUAUGGGAGUGAGGGGUACUAGAAGCGCAGGCGAAGUCCCAGCAGUGGGAGAGUAUACUCUCCCGGUGCCUGAGCCGGGUGACGUGGCACGCGCGGCUGCACUUGACUUCGCGGAUGUCGCCGCGAACCUCGGCACUCUCGCGCAGCAACUCGCUGCAUGCAAGGAAAAAAUGAAAAAAGUUAUAGAAGCUGAUGCUCUGCCCCAAAUGUCUGAUGAAUCAUCGAAGAGAUUAGAAGUGUUCAAAGAGAAAAUGACGUCAUUUAUAAAUUCAGCUGAAGAAAAAUUAAAAGCGGAAAAUGAAAACUUAGAGGAUUGUCGUAAUAAAUUCAUUGCUACUGUGAAAUUUUAUCAAUACACUCCGAAGUGUGGAAAAUUAGAAGAGUGUGAACCGAAAGAAUUCUUUUCAAUGUGGACGUCAUUUUGUAGCGAUUUAAAGGAUAUUUAUAAAAAAGAAGAACAAAUUGCUAUAAAGGAAAAAUUAAAAGAAGCUAAAAAACUUCAGGAAGAAAGGAAAUCUCUUACACAACCUAAAAAAGAAGGAGGUUUAAAAGCACGCCUACAGAGAUUAUCUACCACUAAAAAAUAAAUAUUAGUUUGUACGGUGUACAAAAUUACAUAACAAGUAGUUCAAUACCACAUAUAACUGGGUUAAUAUUGCAAUAGCCUCUAACAGAUGCUACGAGUGUUGCCAACGAAUUUAUUUAUUAGAAAUUGUUGAAUAAGUCAAUCAUACAUUCCAGUAAAACAUUUGUAGAACUGCUCAAUAUUAAUAGAAUAAUAUUUUACAUUCAGUGUAAGAACUUUCAAUUGAAAUUUAAAACAGGUAUUUAUGACAUACCUUGAUCUCUAAUUUCUUCGAUUUUAUUGUUUACAAAAUUAUAUUUUGUGAUAACAGAGAAUGACUGAUGGUUUUGUGUAUAAUAAUGAAAUCCUCAAUAGAAAAAGAAAGCAACUUCUAAAUAUUGAUUAUUUAAGUACUAUUAAUUAACAUUUUUCGAAAAAAAAAAAUGUUUUAUUGCAUUAUAUACGGAUUUUAAUAAAAUAAUAAAAGUAAAGUUUUGAAUGGUAUCACAUUCAUUAAAAUAUUGUACCUGACCUAUGCUUUCACUAUAAUUAUACAUGCUAUCAGUGCUGGACUGAGGCCAAAGCUGGCCCUAGGCAGUUACCUAGAUUGUCUAGGCCUUAGACCACUCUUGCAUAUUAUGUACUUAUGGAUUAUAUAUCGCCUGCCAGUCAUCAUGAAUUUGUAUCUACCAAAAUGGUGCUGUAAGUUAUAUUGUAUAUAAUUAAUGUUAAAUAAAU